AUGGAGGAGACAUUUGUGCCUUUGCGUGGAAUCAAGAAUGACCUUAGGGGAAGAUUAAUGUGUUACAAGCAAGACUGGACGGGUGGAUUUAAAGCAGGCUUCAGGAUUUUGGCUCCCACCACAUAUAUAUUCUUUGCUUCAGCGAUUCCGGUCAUUUCAUUUGGAGAACAAUUGGAGAGAAACACCGAUGGGGUUCUAACAGCAGUUCAGACCCUAGCAUCUACAGCUGUUUGUGGGAUCAUACACUCCAUUAUUGGAGGUCAACCUUUGCUGAUAUUGGGAGUUGCAGAGCCAACUGUCAUUAUGUAUGCAUUUAUGUUUAACUUUGCUAAAGACAGAGCUGAUUUGGGAAGGAAUUUAUUUCUAGCAUGGACAGGAUGGGUAUGUGUAUGGACUGCACUCUUGCUUUUCUUACUGGCUGUCUUAGGAGCAUGCUCCAUUAUCAAUAGGUUCACUCGUAUAGCAGGAGAGUUGUUUGGUCUGCUUAUUGCAAUGCUCUUCAUGCAACAGGCUAUCAAAGGACUUGUGGACGAAUUUCGAAUUCCACAACGAGAAGAUCCAAAAUCAAUGGAGUUCAUACCUUCAUGGAGGUUUUCAAAUGGAAUGUUUGCUUUAGUUCUAUCAUUUGGCCUCCUCUUCACUGCAUUAAGAAGCCGCAAGGCGAGAUCAUGGCGCUAUGGAUGUGGUUGGCUUAGAAGUUUAAUAGCAGACUACGGUGUACCUCUCAUGGUUCUAGUAUGGACAGCUGCUUCGUAUAUUCCAACAGGAAAUGUUCCCAAAGGGAUCCCCCGGCGUCUUUUCAGCCCAAAUCCAUGGUCUCCUGGUGCAUAUGAGAAUUGGACUGUAAUUAAGGAAAUGUUAGAUGUUCCCAUUUUCUACAUAAUUGGAGCAUUCAUUCCUGCUACGAUGAUUGCGGUACUAUACUAUUUUGACCAUAGUGUAGCAUCUCAACUUGCUCAGCAGAAGGAGUUCAAUUUGAGAAAGCCAUCUUCUUACCAUUAUGACUUGCUUCUAUUGGGGUUUCUGACCUUGAUGUGUGGUCUUCUUGGAAUUCCACCAUCAAAUGGAGUCAUCCCCCAAUCUCCAAUGCAUACAAAGAGUUUGGCCACUCUCAAGUACCAGCUGCUUCGAAAUAGACUUGUUGCAACAGCACGUACAAGUCUGAGAAAGAAUGCCAGCUUAGGACAAUUGUAUGGAAAUAUGCAAGAAGCCUAUCAACAAAUGCAGACUCCUUUGAUCUACCAACAGUCCUCUCAAGGUUUAAAGGAAUUCAAAGAGUCAACCAUCCAAGCAGCUACAUGUAAUGGCCAUAUCGAUGCCCCAGUCGAUGAGACAGUAUUUGACAUCGAGAAGGAAAUUGAUGAUCUGUUGCCGGUUGAGGUUAAAGAACAACGUGUUAGUAACUUACUUCAAGCCACAAUGGUUGGAGGUUGCGUUGCAGCCAUGCCUUUCCUCAAAAUGAUCCCAACCUCAGUGCUUUGGGGCUACUUUGCCUUCAUGGCCAUCGAAAGUUUGCCUGGUAACCAAUUUUGGGAAAGAAUAUUAUUGCUCUUCACUGCACCAAGCAGAAGAUUCAAAGUUCUUGAAGAUUACCAUGCUACAUUUGUAGAAACAGUUCCUUUCAAGACAAUUGCCAUGUUCACAAUUUUCCAGACAGCUUAUUUGCUGAUAUGUUUCGGUCUCACUUGGGUUCCAAUUGCUGGUGUUAUGUUUCCUUUGAUGAUCAUGCUUUUGGUUCCAGUAAGACAAUACUGCCUUCCCAAGUUUUUUAAAGGAGCACACCUUCAAGACUUAGAUGCAUCUGAGUAUGAAGAAGCACCAGCUUUGGCAUUCAAUCUCGCAACAGAGGCAGAGCUGGGGGCAGGAGCUGCUUAUGGAGGAGAUGGAGAGAUUUUGGAUGAGGUUAUUACCCGAAGCCGUGGAGAAUUUAGGCACACAAGUAGUCCUAAAAUCACAAGCUCCACUGGAACACCAGCAAAUAAUCCUAAAAGCCAUCAAAGCCCACGUCUCUCAUACACAUAUAGUCCUCGUGUAAGUGAACUAAGAGGAGAGAAAAGUCCUAAAUUCGGCGGAAGAGGGCUUGGCAGUCCAAAGACUGGAGAUCAAAGGCUAUCUAAACUGGGGAAGAGUCCUUCAAGUUCAGAACAAAAUUAG